UUGGCAGGAUCAACACAUAAUACAAAACAACACAACACAAGCAAACACACAAAAUAAAACAAAAAAACAUUAAAAAACAAAACAUGCCAACCCGUACAUCAGAUACUUUUCGAAAAUGUCCCCUCGAUUAUACCAAGGAGCGCAGGUGGGAACAAGACUAUUUAAAGGUCAAGUGCGCUGAGCUGGGCUUGGAAAAUGAGUAUAUUUUGUAUCAGAGACGACAGAAGACCAGUUAUCUGAGGGUUUUCUAUCUGCUACAUAUUCUUGCGACCAUUUUUCACUGUACAGUGAUACUAUUAUUUUGCGCUCAUGCCCGUCCAAUCUUAUUCGAUGUCGGUGUUUAUGUGAUCACCGCUGUCCUCAUUCUAAGUAUACUUAGCAUCAAUUUCAACGAGGAGUAUGUGCUGCGUAAGACUUGGAUUUUGUCAGCUACUUCAGUGGCAGCUGCCCUGAUUCUGGUACUUGCGGAUCUCCUGCAAGGCACGUUUCAUUACUACCAGAACGAUUGGAUGUUGGCCACCUCCUACGAUACUUAUACCAUCCUGAUAAUCUACAUGUUCCUGCCGAUACCCUCACUCCUGGGUUCUGUGCUGCUGGCUUCGACGGUGUCCAUUCUGUUCAUUACGUACUUCAUGAAAGUCGUCGCCACGCGAUUCCAUUACUUCAGUAUGGAGAAAAUAGAUGCGUAUAAUCAGAUUAGUGUGGAUAUCUUGCACUACAUCUGCUUCAACCUACUGGGAAUCUUCUUCCGAAUUAUAAAUGACAAUGUUGUGCGCUCCUCCUUCUUGAACCGGCGUCAGUACAUAAUGGAGAAGAUCUGGCUGCGCAAUGCUCGCAUCCAGGAGAAGACGCUACUCGAUAGUAUUAUCCCGCCGCAGAUAGCAAAGCCAAUUCAGGACGAUAUAAAAAGCAGGCUUGCCAGAAAGGGUGAACUGAAGCGCUCAAAUCACGUCAUGGAGCAAAUCGUGGCCCUUCAGAUCCAUCCCGAGGUCAGUAUCUUGUAUGCGGAUGUGGUUAACUAUACGCAAUUGACGACGACCCUGAAUGUGGAGAGGCUUGUGAGGCUGCUGCACGACCUGUACGGAAGGUUCGAUUUGGCAGCCAAGCAGUUUCAGGUUCAGCGAAUCAAGUUCUUGGGGGACUGCUACUACUGUGUGGCUGGUCUAAUGCGCCCCAAUCCCGACCACGCCAAGUGCUGCGUGGAUCUGGGCCUGUCCAUGAUCGCGCACAUUCAAGAAGUGCGGAGGGAAAACGAAGUGGACAUCGAUAUGCGCAUUGGAGUUCAUUCGGGCAGUUUAAUUGCAGGAGUCAUCGGAGAGGCGAAGCUACAGUACGAUGUAUGGGGAACCGACGUAACCAUUGCCAAUAUGCUAGAGUCCACCGGUGUGCAAGGCUAUGUCCACAUCAGUGCCAGGACUUUGAACGAAUUGGAUCAAACUGAUCAGUACUCCAUAUUUCCCGGCACAGAUGAAGCUUUGGCCAGUGCCUUUCUGCGGGAAAACAGUAUCAAAACCUACUUGCUGACAGGUGAGAUAACUUUGGAUCCUGACACAUACAGAUUGGACAGUUGGGGGUCGUUGUCCUUGUCGGCACUUGACAUACACGACAGGCCGGAAUUGGACGUUCGCAAUCAAUUGGUUAGUGGCCCCAACAAUUCGAUCAACGAUGAGCUGCGUGAAGAGUUUAAAAAUAUGCCAGUCAGUGGCAUUGCACUUGGCCAGUUUGGUUCAGCCUGUUGCGGAAAUAAAUCUGAGGCUAAGACUGAUUCCGAUCAGCCCAUCCAUAAUUUAUGUCUGCAUUUCAACGAUCCUGUUUUGGAAUGGAAGUACUUGACCCAGCCAGACUACAUGUUCAAGUACAGCAUGUUGCUGGCCUGGUGCAUUGGAUGUAGCCUGGUGUACGUUCAGUUGGUGGAGAGCCUCGAUCCAUGCGACAUGUGCAUUGUGAUUGACUUUUUCGCGUUCAUUACCCUGACCGUUUUGCUUGUGAUAGCCUGGUACAAAAAGAUAUGCUGGUGGAUGUAUGGUCGCAGCGAGAAGAUCCUCUAUGACAAGUGGAACUGCAUGAUAUUUCGCGCCCACGACAAGAUCGUGCGUCACAUGACGCUGCGUAUUUGUAUCUACAUAUUCAUCUUAACCACGUAUUUCUCCAUCAUCGUUAUCAUAGUGCUUAACUGCAAUUGGGAAGAGUUCCAAAUGAUGGACAUUGAGAGCAAACUCUAUCACUACGAACUGGAUCUCAACAUGUGCUUUCAUCCCUGGGUGGUCACAAAUAUGGUGGCACUGAUCAUUAGCAUCAGCUUCACAUUCGCUCGUAUACCGUUCAUGGUCAAGACGGUCGUCACUCUCUCGUUGACGACUGUCUAUAUGGUGAUUGUAUUUUUCCAGUUCCAGUUCAUUUUCCAUCAUAGUGCUACCAUCAAUCCAUGGUUUCCCUCGGAAAAUGCACAUGGUAUGCGUAUUUUAAUCACCCUGAUCACGAUGUACCUGAAGGAGCGGCAUUCAGAGUUCAACAAUAAGAUUGGCUACAAAUGGAGCGUCGAGUUAAGGAGAAAGCAAGAGGAUGCCGAUAAAACCAACCAAUCCAUUUCAAUUGUUCUGAACAACAUACUUCCCGGUCAUGUCGUCAACGUCUACAUUACAACUCUAGCCAGGCAUGAGCUCUACUAUGAGGAGUAUAAAAUGGUCUCCGUUAUGUUUGCCUCGCUGGAGAAUAUUAAAAUGGACCUGAGAAACCUGCGCAUGCUGAACGAGAUCAUCAGGGAGUUUGAUAGAUUGUUGAUUCAUUAUCAGGAGUACUACGUGGUUGAGAAGAUCAAGAUUGUUGGCGGCACUUAUAUGGCAGCAUGUGGAUUGGAUGUGAACUAUGCCGAUCGCAUCAACAACCGGUUUGUGAAGCACGAUUCACUUUUGGAAGAGGUGGAGCAAGCACAACGCAAACGCAAAUCUUCCUGUGUGGGAAAACAUGAAGAGCUGCACGAGGAGGUUGUCUUUGUGAUGGCCACGUUUGCCUUGGACCUAAUGCGCACCCUCUGGACAGUUAAGAAAGCCUACGAAGAACUCAAACUGUAUUAUGAUCGUUCUUUAAUAUGCGGUGACAUGUCCAUUGGCAUCUCCAGUGGUGAGGUGAUGGCCGGAGUCGUUGGCGCCUCUCACCCACAUUAUGACAUCUGGGGGAACCCCGUUAACAUGGCUUCCCGGAUGUACUCCACCGGCCAGAUCGGACACAUUCACGUGACCGAGGAAACAGCCAUUCUGUUGCGUGAAUUUGGCGUUGAGUGCAUCUAUCGUGGGAUGACAUUUGUGAAGGGCGCUGGCAAAAUUCCCACAUACUUUGUUGCCAUUGAUGAUGAUUAUCACUUUGUGCCCGUGACGCAGUGGAGUCUAACCACCGACCGACGGCAAUCGCUUCCUUUAUUUUGUGCAGCUGACGCAAACAGUAUCAGCUCCAAAGAUGAUUAAUCCGUCAAUAGUUAUGGCAUUAUAUGUAUAUGUAGCAGAAAAAAAAUCCUCUUACUGUAAUAAAAUUUACUGCCAGUGA